UCACUUCCUGCCUUGUGACUGCACACCCGGGUUUGACAAAGUUGUUCUGCACAUCAGAAAGAAGGGGGUUUCUGGUCACACGCCAGUACCACUGAGGACAGUUUCUCUACAAGAUCUGUUGCCUAAAGCAAUAAAAAUGGCCAGAGGAUCAGUGUCCGAUGAAGAAAUGAUGGAGCUCAGAGAAGCUUUUGCCAAAGUUGAUACCGACGGCAAUGGGUACAUCAGCUGCAAUGAGUUGAAUGACUUGUUCAAGGCUGCUUGCUUGCCUCUGCCUGGGUACAGAGUGAGAGAAAUCACAGAAAACCUGAUGGCUACAGGCGAUCUAGACCAGGAUGGGAGGAUCAGCUUUGAUGAGUUUAUCAAGGUUUUUCAUGGCCUAAAAAGCACAGAGGUUGCCAAGACCUUUAGAAAGGCAAUCAACAAGAAGGAAGGGAUCUGUGCAAUUGGUGGUACUUCGGAGCAGUCUAGUGUCGGCACCCAGCACUCCUAUUCAGAGGAAGAGAAGUAUGCCUUUGUCAACUGGAUAAACAAAGCCCUGGAGAAUGACCCCGACUGUCGACAUGUUAUCCCAAUGAAUCCAAACACAAAUGAUCUCUUCAGUGCCGUUGGGGAUGGCAUUGUCCUUUGUAAAAUGAUCAACCUAUCAGUGCCAGAUACAAUUGAUGAAAGGACCAUCAACAAAAAGAAACUCACCCCCUUCACCAUUCAGGAGAAUUUGAACCUGGCUCUGAAUUCUGCCUCAGCCAUUGGGUGCCAUGUGGUUAACAUUGGGGCUGAGGACUUAAAGGAGGGGAAGCCUUAUCUGGUCCUGGGACUUUUGUGGCAAGUCAUCAAGAUUGGAUUGUUUGCUGACAUCGAACUCAGUAGAAAUGAAGCUCUGAUUGCUCUUUUGAGAGAAGGGGAGAGUCUGGAGGACUUGAUGAAACUCUCCCCUGAGGAGCUCCUGCUGAGGUGGGCUAACUACCACCUGGAGAAUGCAGGCUGCAACAGGCUCAGCAACUUCAGUACUGACAUCAAGGACUCAAAAGCUUAUUACCACCUGCUUGAACAGGUGGCUCCAAAAGGAGAUGAAGAGGGUAUUCCUGCUGUUGUUAUUGACAUGUCAGGACUAAGGGAGAAGGAUGACAUCCAGAGGGCAGAAUGCAUGUUGCAGCAGGCAGAGAGGCUGGGGUGCCGGCAGUUUGUCACGGCCACCGAUGUUGUCCGAGGGAACCCCAAGUUGAACUUGGCUUUCAUUGCCAACCUUUUUAACAGAUAUCCUGCCCUGCACAAACCAGAGAACCAGGACAUUGACUGGGGCGCUCUUGAAGGUGAGACGAGGGAAGAGCGGACAUUUAGGAACUGGAUGAAUUCCUUGGGCGUUAACCCUCGAGUCAAUCACUUGUACAGUGACUUAUCAGAUGCCCUGGUCAUCUUCCAGCUCUAUGAAAAGAUUAAAGUCCCUGUUGAUUGGAACAGAGUAAACAAACCACCAUACCCCAAACUGGGGGGCAACAUGAAGAAGCUUGAAAAUUGUAACUAUGCAGUGGAGUUGGGGAAGAAUCAAGCUAAGUUCUCCCUGGUUGGCAUCGGGGGACAAGAUCUCAAUGAAGGAAACCGCACUCUAACAUUAGCCUUGAUUUGGCAGUUAAUGAGAAGGUACACGUUGAAUAUUCUUGAAGAAAUUGGAGGCGGGCAGAAGGUCAAUGACGACAUUAUUGUCAACUGGGUGAAUGAAACAUUGAAGGAAGCGGCGAAAAGUUCAUCCAUCUCUAGUUUCAAGGACCCAAAGAUUAGCACAAGUCUGCCUGUUCUGGAUCUCAUUGAUGCCAUUCAACCGGGUUCCAUCAACUAUGACCUUCUGAAGACAGAAAACCUGGAUGAUGACGAGAAACUCAACAAUGCAAAGUAUGCCAUUUCUAUGGCCCGAAAAAUUGGUGCCAGAGUGUAUGCCCUUCCAGAAGACCUGGUCGAAGUGAACCCCAAAAUGGUCAUGACAGUGUUUGCUUGCCUCAUGGGGAAAGGAAUGAAGAGGGUGUAAAUCCCAGUGGGGAGGCGACACGCACGUUCCUGAUUGCUCAGCCUGGGAUGCCUGCCUACAGGAAGCAUGCGGAUGAUUGAAGCCAUUCCAAAGUUUUCAACUUGGUGACAUUAUAUAGGAUUCCAAAAAGUGUAUGUGUGUUAAGCCAGGUAGCCUCUCCUGUAUUUAACAAAAAUGCUUCAUUCUUUGCAAAUGAACCAACAAAACCCUCUUACAAAUCUUUGUUAUUGUUGAAUUUAUUGCUUCUUGAAAAUCUAGAGGAAAA